AUGCAGCUGUAUAAAUUCGUAGAGAAUAUUAAUAGCAAUACUGGUAUUGAGAAGCUCCUGAAGUACAUAUUUGAGAAGUGUCCGAAGAUUGAGAAGCUGAUAAUCGCCAACAACUUACUGGCCGACCGACAGUACGCGGAGUUGGUGUCGUGCCUGGAACACUUGCAGAGCCAGGAAGUGUUCGAGAAUCGGAGAGGUGCGGGGCCCGUGGUGCUGCGCUUCCUGGCAGACACCCGCUCGAAGUUGCGGGAGAUAAACCUCAGCUGUGACUACCACCCACUGGAGGACGUCGAGUACUUCGUGAAGGCCAAGAGGGACACACUCACUUCUGCCACCGUGCGCUGGACCAUGGCAGGGAAGAGAUGUGUGGUUCCCGUGCUGAAAGAGGCCGCCAGCUCUCUCGAGAAACUGCAGCUGCGCCUCUUUGACGUGGCACCCGAGGAGGAGGCCGCGACGUUUGCAGAUCUCGGACAGCUGCACAACCUGCGUGAACUGCACUGCAACCAGCUCUGCCCGCACCGGCCUCGCCUCAUCUCUCUCGCCUUCCAGCCCGGCUGCCUACCACUGCUGCAGAAGUUGGACCUGCCGCACGCCACCGACCUCCCGGAUGACGCGGUGGUCACCAUUUCUCGGGGGUGCCCGUCACUGCGCCACCUGAGCCUGACUUUUGCGACGAGUCUCACAGACGGAGCACUUGCCGAGAUCCACCGUCUUAAACACUUACAGAUACUGGAUCUUUCCGGAUGCAGUGGGCUGGGCGGAUCUGCCGUGGCGCACGUGGCGCAGCUGCCGGCCCCCCGCACGCUGCUCCUCCAGUACAUUGACGACCUGACAGAUCUGCAGCCGAGCCUACGGCACGUCCUGGACUUGAAGCAACUGCGCUGCCUCGAUAUCCUGUACAGCGGCCACAUCAGAGCUGUGCCAUUUGAAGAAUUUUCUGUCAGGCUCGUGAACCUCAGAGAACUACAUGUGACGUAUGAGGAAGAGGAUGAGGUUUUCUACAAAAAUGUUUUUGCUGAGAUGCAGAGUCAAAUGCCUCGGCUCAGGAUAAUUAAUACUUUCCGAUGGACAGAGAAUGACUUCCUAACAGAUUACGAAACGGAUGAUGAUGAUGAUGAUGACACCGAUAUAGGGUACUGA